AUGUCUGCCAUUGUUACUACUUCCCCCGCCGCCGACUCUUUGCUCAAGGAUGUCCAUACAACUGCUGCCGCUUCUUCUGCAAGCAUGGCCACCAAGGAACGCAGCUUUGCUUGUAUUGAUCUCUCGGACUUUGACAACCGCCGAGACGAGAUUGUGGCUGACCUCAUGCGUGCUUGCACCACUGAUGGCUUUUUUUACGUGAUCAACCAUGGUAUUUCGGUUGAGGAUAUCCGUGCCAUGUUCCAAGCUAGCGUUGACUUUUUCGCCCUGCCUGAUGGUAUCAAAGAGAAGUAUCCCAUGGAUGUAUCGCGCAAUGCCGGCUGGGAGAAACUUGCACAGAUUCGACCCUCCACUGGUGUUGCUGAUCUCAAGGAAUCGGCCCAAUUCAGCUUCCAUGGCAUUGAAGAUUUAUGGCCCACCGAUCAAGAUGCACCUGGCUUCCGCACACGCUCAGAAAAAUUCAUGCUACAGUGCCACGACGUCUCUACCAAACUCCUUACAUGCUUGGCCAUUGGCUUAGAUUUCCCUGAGGACUUCUUCACGCGCUGCCAUGAUAUUACCCAACCUGAUAUUCUCAACACGCUUCGUUGCCUGCACUACCAUGACAUUACUGGCCAGAGCUUCCCUCCCGAGUACUGGCGUGCUGGAGCUCACACUGAUUUUGAUACGCUCACGUUGCUAUUCCAGCGCCCUGGUGAGAAUGGAUUGGAAGUCUGCCCUGGUCGGGAGGCUUCCACUGAUUUUGGCCACGGUGAUACUUGGGCUCCUGUUAACCCCAAUGAAGGAGAAAUUGUCUGCAACCUGGGCGACAUGUUGAUGCAUUGGGCCGAUGAUCGUGUCGUAUCCAACUUCCAUCGUGUCAGAGCACCCAAAGUCGGCGAGUACCAAGGACCCCGUUAUUCUAUUGCCUACUUUAACCAGUGCAACAAGUCUGCCAUCAUUCAGGGCUCGACUCGCUACACGGAGCCCGUCACUGCCGGUGAAUUUUUGAGACGAGCCAUCGAACGCAAUUAUAACGCUCUUCAAGCUCUCAAGGCUUCCCAAAACAAUGCUUAAACAACGCGCCCAUGAUCUUUCCCAAAAUCAACCAUAAUACUUCUCCACGUAGUCACAUCUUACCUUUUUUCUCGUACUUUAUUUCUUAUUAUUCAGCUGUUCUUCUUUGUAGAUAUCUUCGCAUUCUCUGUCGUCCAAUCUUUUACAUAUCUUCUGUCAUUGGGGCGGCAGGCACGGUUGCAGCCACUCCGUGUAAAAAAACCUGUAUAUAUAACGCAUCUGCAUACAAAAAAUAAAUUUCCCCUUUUGUCUUUUUGUUUUCCACCCCCU